UCAGGUGGACCUCAAAGCAGGAGCUCUGAAUCGACCUCUUGUCUGAGGACGGACUGCUGCUGCCACUGCCAGCCUCUGUCCCCUGCCCAGGCCUGUCACCGUGCUGCCCCUCAGCAGGGGCAGCAGCAUGAAAGAAGGCAUGUCCAACAACAGCACCACCAGCAUCUCCCAAGCCAGGAAAGCCGUGGAGCAGCUGAAGAUGGAAGCGUGUAUGGACAGGGUGAAGGUCUCCCAGGCAGCCGCCGACCUCCUGGCAUACUGUGAAGCCCAUGUACGGGAAGACCCUCUCAUCAUUCCGGUGCCUGCGUCAGAAAACCCCUUUCGAGAGAAGAAGUUUUUCUGCACCAUUCUCUAACUCCAUUUGUGAUGAAAAUGUCUCCUCCUCUGCCCCUAAAAAUCCCCAGUAGAGACCGUGCAUGCUCUUAGCCCUGGCGAGCGCAGCCCACACCCAGCCCUGCCCAAGGGAUGGUGCCAGCGCUUGUC